AUGAGGACUUCCCUACUAUUAAAUCCUGGGAACUCGGAUUUUGCUGUUUCUACAGAGCCCCCAGUUGGGAAGGUGACCCACAAAGUGGUGGAUGACAGUCUGGAGGUCCUCAUCUGCCAGGCCUUUGGCUUCUACCCCAAGGAGAUCCAGACCAUCUGGACCAGGGAUGGAGAGGCCUGCAAAUAUGGGACCCUCCAUAGGAACGUGGCCCCCAACUCGGACGGGACCUAUUAUGUCCAGCUCAGCAUUGAGAUCGACCCCAAGGAGAGGGAUUGUUUUCGGUGUCAUCUGGAGCACGAAAGCUUGCAGGAGCCCCUGGUCUUGUCUUUCAAAAAGGAAACAGGAGGCGUAAGGUGGAUUGUUUUCGGAAUUGUGGCCACUGUGGGAAUUGUGAUCUUGGGCCUUUUGAGUCUCUUCCUGGAAUGCCGGCAGAGGAGACUCAGAAGAGAAUUCUAUCGUAAGUUUCCAAUAAUCAUUUAUUCUAACUCUAUGGACGGUACAGAAGAUAAGAAGAAAUAACAGAGGUUGACCUAACCUAAAAUAACAUCGGAGCACAAGGCAUCCUAUGGACUGUAGAAGACAGGGAGAGAUCUAGAAAUCACUGUGUCGUCAUUGCGUAGGGAAGAAGGAAAGGAACCUCCAGCGUGGACAACUUGGACACAUUAUCCAAAAGCCAAGAUCAAAGCAAAUAAUAGCCCUCAACUGGUUUUGAGGGACAACAGGGACCUCCAGCCCCAGACUGGCCAACCCCACCUUGUGCAAGUUCUGCAAAGCAUGAGAUGAUUCUGCGUCCUUUCUUAUACCCACUACAGUCUUCCUUCUUCGUAUUCUAAUUACUCUUGUCAUAUAAUCUAACUACAUUGUAAAACUCAAGUAAUAUACUCUAACUUAGAUUUUACAUCUUCCUGCAACAGACA